UCUAAAUUCUUUCUUUUUCAGAGAUUUUUCUCUCUCCUCUGUCUCCUCUCCCGUCCCUCCGGUUCUCCGUCGCCGACGCUCCCAUUCUCGCCGGGAUUUCUCUCCGACGACCUCUAUUCCGCUGGUAACAUCCUUCUUUCGCCGGAAACCUCUCUCGGCAGCUUCGGAAAGCCUGCUUCUCUCUGUGGACUGGCGUGGACCAGAAGCUUCUUCGUCGUCGGAGCUCCAACGGAGGUCCUCCGGUUCUGGCUCACGCUGUGAGGGCUAGAUCUGCGAGGCUUCGUGAGGAGUACGACCUCAGAGUGCCUCGUUCUCGCGCGUCGUCUCUCUGGUUGGAUAAGAAAGAGAGUUUUCGGAGGUUUCCUUCGCGGCGUGGGGUUUUGUGGUGUGAUCGUUGAUGGUUAGCUUAGCGACGAGCCUGCGGUGGUCGUAGAUGAUGACCGGAGCUCCGGCGAAAGAUCGGGAGGGUGGUGGCGUUUCGGUAAAUUCUCUCACAUGGAAUGGCAGAUCUUGUUAGCUACGGGAAUGCCGACCGUGACAUCGAGCAGGCAUUAAUUGCUUUGAAGAAGGGUGCCCAGCUGCUUAAAUAUGGUCGUAAAGGAAAACCCAAGUUUUGUCCAUUUAGACUUUCUAAUGAUGAAUCUUCUUUGAUCUGGAUUUCUAGUAGUGGUGAGAGAAGUUUGAAGUUAGCCUCUGUAUCAAGAAUUAUUCCUGGGCAAAGAACUGCUGUUUUUCAACGAUAUCUUCGCCCUGAAAAGGAUUACCUAUCUUUUUCUCUUAUAUACAACAACGGGAAGAGGUCUCUUGAUCUGAUAUGCAAGGAUAAAGUUGAGGCGGAGGUGUGGAUUGGAGGCCUCAAAGCAUUAAUAUCCUCUGGUAGAGGUGGACGUUCUAAAAUUGACGGAUGGAGUGAUGGAGGGCUCUACCUUGAUGAUAGCAAAGAUUUGACCUCAAAUAGUCCAAGUGAUAGCUCAGUUAGUGGUGCAAGAGAUAUUAGCUCCCCUGAUAUAGCUAGUUUUAAUCCGAUUAGUUCUCCAAAGAGUUUUCACCCUGAUAUUUCUUCAAAUUCUGUGAGGUCACAUGUAGCAUCAGAUCAGACAAAUAUGCAAAUAAAAGGAUCUGGUUCAGAUGCUUUUCGAGUUAGUGUCUCUAGUGCUCCCAGCACUUCCAGUCACGGUUCUGCACCAGAUGAUUGUGAAGCUCUAGGAGACAUAUAUAUAUGGGGCGAGGUUAUUUGUGAUAAUGCUGUUAAGGUUGGAGCUGAUAAGAAUACUUCUUUCUUGAGCCCAAGAGCAGAUGUGCUUCUCCCUAGGCCUUUGGAGUCAAAUGUAGUUUUAGAUGUGCAUCAUAUAGCUUGUGGUGUUAGGCAUGCUGCCUUAGUCACAAGGCAGGGUGAAAUUUUCACAUGGGGUGAAGAAUCUGGAGGUCGACUCGGUCAUGGUGUUGGGAAGGAUACUAUGCAACCUCGUCUAGUUGAAUCUUUGUCAACUGCUGUAGUUGAUUUUGUAGCAUGUGGAGAGUUUCAUACAUGUGCCGUUACAAUGGCCGGGGAACUUUACACAUGGGGAGAUGGUACACACAAUGCUGGACUUCUUGGUCAUGGGACUGACGUCAGCCAUUGGAUACCCAAGCGGAUAUCUGGGCCUCUUGAAGGAUUGCAAGUUGCUUCAGUAACUUGUGGCCCGUGGCAUACAGCCUUGGUUACAUCAAAUGGGCAACUCUUCACAUUUGGUGAUGGAACAUUUGGUGUCUUAGGCCAUGGAGACAGAGAAAGUCUCUCAUAUCCGAGGGAGGUAGAGUCACUGUCAGGGUUGAGGACAAUAGCUGUUGCAUGUGGAGUUUGGCAUACUGCUGCUGUGGUGGAGGUUAUUGCAACACAAUCUAGUGCAAGUGUUUCAUCAGGCAAACUGUUUACUUGGGGUGAUGGAGACAAAAAUCGUCUUGGACAUGGAGACAAAGAACCUCGGCUAAAACCUACCUGCGUUCCAGCGCUUAUUGAUUACAACUUUCACAAAAUUGCUUGUGGGCACAGUUUAACUGUUGGCUUGACCACAUCUGGACAAGUAUUUACCAUGGGAAGCACUGUUUAUGGUCAACUUGGGAAUCCUCGUUCUGAUGGAAAGCUACCUUGCUUGGUAGAGGACAAGCUUAUGGGGGAGUGUGUCGAAGAAAUUGCCUGUGGUGCAUAUCAUGUGGCAAUAUUAACUACCAGGAAUGAAGUUUAUACAUGGGGAAAGGGUGCUAAUGGGAGAUUGGGUCAUGGAGAUAUUGAAGAUCGGAAGACUCCAACCUUGGUUGAAGGUUUAAAGGACAGACAUGUAAAGUAUAUUGCUUGUGGUUCGAACUACACAUCAGCUAUUUGUCUUCACAAAUGGGUAUCUGGUGCUGAGCAAUCUCAGUGCUCUUCUUGUAGACAGGCCUUUGGUUUUACACGUAAGAGGCACAACUGCUAUAAUUGUGGACUUGUACACUGCCAUUCGUGUACUUCUAGAAAAGCAACUAGGGCAGCACUUGCUCCUAGCCCUGGAAAACCGUACAGAGUGUGUGAUGCUUGUUAUGUGAAAUUGAACAAGGUGUCAGAAACAGGUGGUAAUAACAAGAGAAAUGCCGUACCUCGCUUAUCAGGCGAGAACAAGGAUAGACUAGACAAGGCUGAGAUAAGGUAUGCCAAGUCAGCCAUGCCUUCUAACAUGGAUCUAAUAAAGCAAUUAGAUAGUAAAGCAGCUAAACAAGGAAAGAAAACUGAGACAUUCUCGCUAGUUAGAUCCUCUCAAGCACCUUCCUUGUUGCAACUGAAAGAUGUUGUUUUGUCCAAUGCCGUUGAUCUGCGGCGAACUGUUCCAAAGCCAGUUCUUACGCCCUCUGGAGUAAGUUCCAGGUCUGUGUCUCCUUUCUCAAGGAGGCCAAGCCCUCCACGUUCUGCUACACCUGUCCCUACGACAUCAGGACUUUCCUUUUCAAAGAGUAUUUCUGAUGGUUUGAAGAAAACAAAUGAACUUCUGAAUCAAGAAGUUUUGAAGCUACGUGCGCAGAUUGAGAGCCUGAGGCAGAGAUGUGAGUUGCAAGAGAUGGAACUUCAGAAAUCAACAAAGAAAGCUCAGGAAGCUAUGGCUCUUGCUGCCGAGGAAGCUGUUAAAUCUAAAGCUGCGAAAGAAGUCAUAAAAUCACUUACUGCACAGCUCAAAGAUUUGGCUGAAAGGCUGCCACCUGGUGUUUACGAUAGUGAGAGCAUCAAGCUAGCAUACCUACCAAAUGGUUUGGAUCAAAAUGGAAUGCAUUAUCCAGAUCUAAAUGGGGAUCGCCAUUCAAGAUCUGAUUCUAUAACUUCCACGGGGACCGACUCUGCUAUGUUAAAUGGAAGUCAUUCACUAUAUUCACCCAGAGAUUCAACUGCGACCAGUGAAAUUAAUAUGCCACAGCAACGGGAGCAUUUGACCCCCAAUGGAGCAGUAGACCACACAGAUGUUAAACAUUCAAACGGUGGGAAUUGCACAGGCAGUAGUGUCUCUGAAGCUCUUGAUGCCAAGGAUUCCGGGUCUUUCCAAGAUGGGGAGAAUGAUAUGAGAUCCAGAAAUCCUGCAUUGGCUGGUACUAAUACCCAAGUUGAGGCGGAAUGGAUCGAACAAUACGAGCCAGGUGUUUAUAUAACUCUUGUGGCUUUGCGGGAUGGAGCUAGAGAUCUUAAACGAGUUCGCUUCAGCCGAAGAAGAUUCGGAGAGCACCAAGCAGAGACUUGGUGGUCAGAGAACCGUGAAAAAGUGUAUGAAAGGUACAACGUCCGAGGGUCCGACAAGUCUUCAGUUUCUGGCCAGGCGGCCCGCAGAUCGGAAGGAGCACUCUCACCUGCUUCCCAACAUCAACAUGCCUAGCUAGAGUGGAGGAAGCUUGACAUUAACACAUUCUGUAUCAGUUACCUCGAACGGUAUCGAGGGAAAGUGCAAGAAUUGGUAAGAAUGAAGGGAAGCAAGUUCCUCAUUUUGCCGCCUUUUUUUUUUUUUCCUCUGGGGUCACCUUUUAGUUCUGUCCUUCCCCUUAUUUAAUUUCUUUUUUCACUUUCUUAAUUUCUUAUCCAUUUAAUUUCUGGGUCAUCACCCUUUAUACAUCUGUUGUAUUGUAGUGUAUAUAAAAUCAAUCUUCAGAUAAUCUGAGCAAAAGAAAGUUUAUCUUCUUGCUUCCCUCACCCUUCUGACAUAUUGGUCUGGUAGCUAUACUCUGUCCCUCAUCGUUCUUUGGGAAAAUUAUGUGGUUUUUACAACCUAUUGGUUGGGCACAAAUUUGAAUUGUGGGAUUUUCAUCGACAAAUUAUCAUGUUUUCCUAAAUCCCAAUUGAUUCAAAUGUAAUUGUAAUUUGAUAAAGCCUUCUUAUCCCAUAUAGGGUAUUUUUCAUACCCGCAAAAUUGGCCUUGUUAUUUUUUAUAUAAUAUAUACAGCUGUAAUUCCUUUCAA